GCGAGCCACUGACAGGCAUGGGAGAGAGGAUCGCUGAAUAUUUCCCUGAGGAAGAGAAGAACAGGACGGAUCAAUGAUGGAAACCCUGGACAUGCAGCGAGCCCUGCAGGCGGUGGAGCGGCUGCAGGCCAAGCUGAAGGAGAGAGGGGAGACCCCCACACGGGAGAAGCUGGCCCUGCUGAAGACCGUGCUGCAGAGCCCUCUCUUCCACCACAUCUUCACCAUGCAGCAGACCCAGCUGCCUCUGGGAACACAGGUGUGUGUCAACCGGAUCACCAAGUCGGCGUCCUUGAACAGCGGCCUGUGCCAGGGCAUGGCUCUGAACCUGCGAACUCUGAGUCACAGUGACUCCUACACUUGGGCCCAGCAGAACCACAGCCCCAACCUCACCUGCACCAGCAGGUCCCUCCAGCGCGGCGGCGUCAUGACCUCUGUAUGAUUAUCGUUAUUCUUUUCAUUUAUUCAAUUGGUUUUAUCUUUCCAGUUCUGCACCCCGCCGCGAAUAUCCCGUACCUUAUCGAUGGGGAGAAACCUGUCAGCUAUUGCUAAUGAGAGGCGGCACGUGGAGAUGAUCGCGCUGGAGAACGACGGGCAGGGUCUGGGCUUUGGCAUCGUGGGAGGGAGGAGGACGGGGGUCAUGGUGAAGACCAUCCUCCCCUCAGGAGCCGCCGGCCAGGACAAGCGGCUGCGCAGCGGCGACCAGCUGCUCCGCAUCGGGGACGAGGACCUGGAGGGCAUGGGUACCGAGCAGGUGGCGCAGGUGCUGCGCAACGCCGGCAACCGGGUCAAGCUGCUCAUCGCCAGGAACAUCGCCACGGGCACCGACCACUCCACGCCGACCCUCAGCCUGCAGCAGGAGACGGACUCGGAGGUGGGUGAAAUAGAGGAGGAUUAUGAGUUUGAUGUCCAGUUUAAAAAGAACAGCCUGGGACUGGGAAUCACCAUCACUGCUUGUCAAGGGUACCUCAACUCAGUGACCCCAGGCGGGGUGGUAGUGAAGAGUAUAGUGAAGGGCAGCACUGUGGACCAGGAUGGACGCAUCCACAUAGGAGACAGGAUCUUAACUGUGGACGGGGUGAACCUGCAGGGCUGCAGCGAGCAGAAGGCCCUGGAGGUGUUGAGGAAGACCGGCCCCAAGGUGCGCCUGCAUCUGGCCCGGACGCCCCUCCGCCUGAAGGACCUGCUCUCCCCGCCCCCGCCACGCCCGGCCCUCCGCCACGCUCACAGCUGCCGGGAGCCCCCCCUCCGGAGGCUUAACCAGAUCCAAGAGACAGGAACCGUUCUCUCCUUGCUCGAGAUCGCCAAGAGAGCUGCCUAUGCCUGCGUCCCAGAGCAUCCCCAGGAGUCCAGAGAUGCAGUGAAGCUCACCCAGGCAGAGGAGGAGGAUCUGAGGAGGAGGUGGCAGCGCGCCCUCGGACCCAGAUACCAAGUCGUGGUGUGCCAGCUGGAGAGAUUCAGUGAGACCAGUGGCCUGGGCAUCAGCCUGGAGGCCAGGGCAGGCCACCACUACCUCUGCUCUGUGCUGCCUGAGGGCCCUGUGGGCCAGGGAGGCAAAAUCUACGCCGGGGACAAGAUCCUGGAGGUGAACGGGAUCCCUCUGGUCGGGGAGACCCACAGGGAGGUGGUGAGCAUCCUGAGGGAGAUGCCAGUGUGUGUGUGUAUGGUGUGCUGUCGCCUCGUGCCCCCCCCGCCCAUCUACAGCGACGACGACGAAGACUUCCACCUCAGCCUCAAAGAGCUGCUGGCUGAGUUCAACGACAAGUUGGACCAUGGCUGCUGUAUUCUUCCUGGUGUAGCUCAGGAUUGUGUGAAACGUAGUUUGCCCCCGGUGUCGCCCCCCCUGGCCAUGUGGGAGAGAGACGCACAAGUGGUGCAGCUGCAGAAAGGAGAAGCAGGCCUGGGCUUCAGCAUCCUGGACUACCAGGACCCGGAGGACUCUGCGAAGACGGUUCUGGUGAUCCGGUCACUGGUUCCUGGGGGCGUAGCCGAUAUGGACGGCAGCUUGCUGCCCGGCGACCGCCUCAUGUUCGUCAACGACACGGACCUGGAGAGCGCCAGUCUGGACCACGCCGUCCAGGUCCUAAAGUCCACCGCCUACGGCACCGUGCACAUCGGCGUCACCAAGCCACUGCCGCUGGACGCGUGCGGCCUGGAGCCCAUCCCGGAGAGAGAGACUCCCCCGGUGAGGGACGAGGAUGACAGGCCGCCCUCGGCCCAGCUAGCCGCACAGCCGCACGCUAACACCUGGACGUCUGACGAGUGCUACGAGCUAAAGGAGGAGAAGCCUGGGCAGAGCCACGGCAACAUGGAGGUGGCCGAUAAGACGCAGGCCCCGCCCCUUCCCAGAAGCAGUUUUGAGAGGACAAUAACGGUUGUCCGGGGCAACCGUAGCCUUGGGCUGACCGUGAGCGCUAUAAAGGACGGCUCAGCCAUCCUGGUGCGCAGCGUGGUCCAGGGCGGCUCCAUCAGCCAGGACGGCAGGCUGGGGGUGGGGGACAGCAUCCUGGCCCUCAACGGGGAAGCCACCACCUGCCUCAACAACGCCAAGGCCAGGGCCAUGCUCCGCCAGCACUCUGUCAUGGGGCCCCACAUGAGUGUGACGUAUGUCCCAGCUUCUCAGGUGGAAGAGCACCGAGCCCGUCUGGCUCAGGCCCCCCUGGCAGCCAUCACAGUGGAUGGGGACGGCUUCCCCAAGCCUCCGCCCCAGGAGCAGAGGAGAGGACAUGGAGAGAGCUCAGGGGUGAAGAGCCAGGACAAGGGGGGAGUGCAGGUCAAGGCCAAGGCGCUCGAAGGGAGAGAGGGAGGAAGAGGAGAGGAGCAGGGGGAAGAGGAGGAGGUGCACCGCCCCACCAUCCUGUCCUGGAGCGAGCCUCGAAGGGUGCAGCUGAGGCGCGGGGUGCCAGGCCAGUGUCUGGGCAUCGGUAUCAUGGGGGGUAAGGGGAUGGGCAGCAGACUGAGCAGCGGGGAGAUGAUGAGGGGCAUCUUCAUCAAACACAUCGCCCCUGCCAGCCCCGCCGGGCUCGACCACACCCUCAAGACUGGAGACAGGAUACUGGAGGUCGGUGACGUGGACCUGAGAGACGCCAGUCAUGAGCAGGCAGUGGAGGCCAUCCGCAGAGCUGGAGACUCUGUGGUCUUCCUGGUGCAGACUGGCCACCACAAACCUCAGUCUCCUGUGCUCUCUAACCACCAGAGACUAGCUACUCACACCAGCUCUCACAACAACAAGGAACCAGAGACUCACUGUGGCCUGUUCCUUAGUCUCUCCCCCACCAACCCCUUCACUCCCACCCCCUUUAAGCCAACUGCCAAUAGGACAGCCAAGAAAAGCCCCACAGCAGCUGCUCCACCAAUGGCAGGGGACGACACAGAGGAUGACACAGAGGAUGAGUUUGGCUACAGUUGGAAGAAGAUGAUGCAGAGGUAUGGCAGCCUGCCAGGGGAGCUUCACAUGAUGGAGCUGCAGAGGGGGCGGGGCGCGGCCCGGGGCGAGGCCCGGGGCCUGGGGCUGCACCUGACAGGGAACCGGGACAGCUCCCGCGCCCGCAUGAGCGUCUACGUGGCCGGGCUGGACCCCCAGGGGGCGGCGGGAGCCGACGGGCGUCUACGGGUGGGCGACGAGAUCCUAGAGAUUAACGGUCAGAUCCUGUAUGGACGAAGCUACCAGAAUGCCUCCUCCAUCAUCAACAGUGCUCCAUCUAAAGUCAAGAUCAUCUUCAUCAGGAAUCCUGCCGCCUUAAACCAGAUGGCAGUGGGACCCACGGGAGACUAUGUGGACCUGCUCAACUCCGAGACCAAGACGGACGUGUCUCCUACCUCAGUCAGUGUCGGCUUGUUCAGAGACGUACAUGAUGUUGUUUUGGCUCAGGAUCAUGUGGGUCUGGGCCUUCUUCUGAGGGAGCAGGAGACCAAGGAAGGAGCCAUCGUCAGAUCUCUGAUACCUCAGAGCACAGCAAGCAUGGACGGCAGGAUAAGACCAGGUGACAGGAUCCUGGCUGUGGACAACGAGCCUGUGGUGGGACUGGCGUUGGAUAAGGUCUCUAGUUUACUACGGAAGUCAAAGAGCACAGUCAAGCUCUCAAUCAGUUCCUGUCAUCAUAACCCCCUCUCCUCCUCUUCCUCCAACAACCCCCUCCCCCUGUCCGCCUCCUCCAAUCAGACCCUCCCCCUUUCCUCCUCUUCCUCCAACAACCUCCCCACGGCUUCAUUGGUGAGAAAAUCUUCUGCUGGGCGAUCUGAUUGGCCCGUCGCUGACUCAGCAACCCCUGACCUCCUGAGCUGUCCAAUCAUACCAGGGUGUGAGACCACCAUAGAGAUCUGUAAGGGGAGUAUUGGACUUGGCCUCAGCAUCGUAGGUGGCUAUGACACACUGCUGGGGGCAGUAAUUAUCCAUGAAGUGAAUGCUGGGGGGGCAGCUCAGAGGGAUGGGAGACUGUGCGCUGGAGACCAGAUCCUAGAGGUGAACGGCAUGGACCUGCGGCAGGCCUCCCACGAGGAUGCCAUCGCGGUGCUGCGGCUGACCCCCCAGCGCCUGCACCUCGUCGUGUUCAGGCACCAGGAGGCCUCCCACGAGGAGGACCUGUGGGACGUCUUCUCCCUGGAGCUCCGACCCCGACCGGGACAGGGCCUGGGCCUCGCCACCGUGGGCAAGAGUAAUGACACGGGCAUCUUCGUCUCGGAGAUCUUCCGCGGAGGGCCGGCCGACAUGGACGGCAGGCUGUUGCUGGGCGACCAAAUCCUGUCAAUCAACGGGGAGGACGUGAAAGCGGCGGAGCAGGAACACGUGGGGGGGGUGCUGCAGAACUGUCGGGGGGUCGUCCAAUUAGAGGUGGCUCGCUUCAAACCAGGACUGCACUACUCUCUAGGAAGCCAUGUAUCUGUGAGUGGCGACUCGGACAGUUCCACUCUGACUCCAUCCAGUGCUGGUGACAGCCUCCCCCGCCAGAGGGAGACAGAGAGCAGAGGGUUUGUAGGUGGUCAGCCCAGGACAGUGGUCAUCCACAAGGGGCCUGGGGACUCUCUGGGCAUCAGUGUGGCAGGAGGGACAGGCAGUCCCCAUGGCGACGUUCCUCUCUUCAUUGCUUCCAUUGAGACCACCGGACUGGCCGCCAGGACGCAGAAACUACAGACUGGAGACAGGAUGGUCAGUAUUAACGGGGUGCCCACUGAGGCGAUGACUCACGUCCAUGCAGGAGCCCUGCUGAAGAACACCUGUGGGACCAUCACUUUUCAGGUGGUAUCGGGGUCUGGAAGGUGUGGCAUGCUGGAUCAGAGUGAGGACGUGACUGGCCCCUCAUCAGGACUGCCCAGUGGAGUCCCAGCCUGCUCCAACAGCCUCUGCGCCCGUGUGUAUAAAACCAUCACCCUGGACAGGGGCUCGUCUGGGCUGGGCUUCAGCAUCGUGGGGGGGUUCGGCAGCCCCCAUGGAGACCUGCCCAUCUAUGUCAAAACAGUGUUUGACAAGGGGGCAGCUCUGGAAGACGGCAGACUGAAGGGCGGCGACCAGAUCAUUGCCGUCAACGGACACUGUCUGGAGGGCGUGUCGCACGCAGAGGCUGUCGACAUUCUGAAGAGAACCAAGGGCACCGUAGUCCUCACCGUGCUCUCCUGAACGCUGUGUCCCGCUUUGAUGAUGUCAUCCGCACAUGUGGUAGCGUAGAAGGUAGAUGUCAGUCACACAGCUUGUCCCCUGCUCAACAGGCUAAACGUCAACCCAUCUGAAUGUAGAAGUGCUUCUGACUAGCUUUACAGUAAGUGACUGCAAGCUUACAGUACACACAGCAA